AUGGCGAGAUUGAGAACAUGGUCCAACACUGUGCUGUGUGUCAAGCUGUGCAGAAGGCCUGUCAGAGUGUGGCAGAGGAUCCAUCUGGACUUCGCGGAGAAGGAUAGACAGUACUACCUAGUGAUAGUGGAUAGUCAUUCGAAAUGGCUGGAGGUUUUCCACAUGACCUCCACAACGUUGAGCCGAACCAUAGAGGUGUUGCGCAACCUAUUUGCAGCAUAUGGUCUUCCGGAAGAGGUGGUGUCGGAUAACGGACCCCAGUUUGCCUCCGCAGAAUUCAAGCAGUUCCUUGACAAAAAUGGAGUAAAACAAACUCUGGUACCACCAUAUCAUCCAGCAUCGAAUGGAGCGGCUGAGAGGUCGGUGCAAAUACUGAAGCGGGCUCUUGUGAAGCAGGUUCUAGACGCAAGUGGACAGCCCAGCAUCUCGCUGCAGCACAGGCUGUCAAACUUUCUGCUCAUGUACAGGGCUACGCCGCACUCAGUCACCGGUCGCUCUCCAGCUGAGCUGUUUUUAAAGAGAGAGCUGCGCACCCGGUUCAGUCUUUUGAGACCAGAUCUAUCGCGCACUAUAGAGCAUCAGCAGGCAAAGCAAAAGCUGUAUCAUGACAAAGAGAGACUGAAAUUGAGAGAGUUUCAGGAAAACGACGAAGUCCGCGUGAAAAAUUUCAGGGGGGGAGAUGAGAAAUGGACUGCCGCGACUGUCAUAAAGCGAUUAGGUCCUGUGACAUACCGUGUAUGGGAAGGAAACAGACAGCGGUCAGUUCAUGUGGACCACAUGCUGGGGAGAAGAGGAGAACUCAAGGAACUGGAGUCAUGCACACCUUUUGAGGGCCGGGAUUUUAUAUCAGAUGCUUCACCAGAGCCUGAUCCAGUAUCGGCCAGUGGAGUGAAACUGCCUGAUUCUGACUCCUCAGAGAAGGGUGUCGGCCUGGGUCCAGCAUUGUCAGGCAAUGUUACGUCUCCUCCAGGCAGCCAUAACAGCACCCCUGCUGUUCCUCCCGGAGUGCAGCCAAGAAGAAAUCCAGAGAGAAUCAGGAAUGCUCCCAAGAGACUGGACUUGUAAGAGGUUAAUUGGAGGCAGGGGUUUUAAAA